ACCAUUUCACGAUGAUAGGUUCAGGUUUGAACUUUGAAUUAGACACUUGGCUAACCUAUACAUAACGAGUUUUAACCGAGGUUUUAAGCAUUGGCUAGUUUAAGGGUUUACAGACUAUAUAAAUCGAAAACGAUCAAGCUUUAUUAAGGCACAUCCAACAAACUUGAUGGGACAAUCGAGGUGGAAAACUUAUUUCACUAUUGUAAGGCUUACCCUCAUCUUCAUUAUCUUUUGCUUCAUCAAUUUCUAUUGUUCGUGACUCAAGAAUGAGAACGCCCGACCAGAUUCAACGAAAAUUCGCGUAGCAUCGGCAACGUCGUGUUCCAUAUUUCGAUGGAUUUCCAGUGAGCCGAGGCGUGAGGGGAAAAUGAUUCCGGUGGUUCAGUAGUGCUGUGUGCAAAUUAUUGUGAACGAUUAAAAUAUAAUUAUUAAUUUUGUUACAGUCACCUUCUGCACCAGUGUGUGUAAAGGCAGACUCCAUUUUCGUAUGAGAUUCAAUUGAGCCAUAAUUGUCUCAAGUUAUUGAACAGUUUGUAUUCACAGAAAAUUCCAAAGAUGAAGUUUAUCUGCGUUGCCAUACUUUUCUUGUCUGCCGUUUGCCUGACAUCGGCGGAAUUACAAUGCUCCCAGAAAGAGCUGAAGAUCCCAAAAAACUGGAUUGACAUGGUGAACCCAUGUGUGGAGAGCAUGCGUAAUCAAAUUGAAGAAGAACUAAAGGCAUCUAUGCGCUAUAUGGCGAUGGGCGCGUACUUUUCGCAGGACACUGUCAACAGGCCUGGAUUUGCUGAUAUCUUCUUUAAAUCUGCUAGCGAAGAGCGAGAACACGCUAUCAAGCUCAUCCAUUAUUUGCUCAUGAGAGGAGAACUGACUCAUGAUGUCAGCAAGCUCAUCAAGAGAAACCUAACACCAGCAACAACAUCUUGGGCAAAUGGAGUAUCAGCUCUGAAGGAUGCUCUCGAACUAGAAGCUCAGGUAACUAAGAAAAUCAGAAAAGUUAUUCAGAAAUGUGAAGAUAAUGAGAAGUUCAAUGAUUACCAUCUUGUUGAUUAUCUGACUGGAGAAUUCUUGGAAGAGCAGUACAAGGGACAACGCGAAAUCGCUGGAAGGAUUUCGACUCUUGAGAAACUCAUGGAGAAACAUGGAGCUCUUGGAGAGUGGCUGUUCGACAAAAAAUUGCAAGCCGCUGAGUAACGUGUAUAUUUUUUAAAAGUAGAAAUAGGUCAUUCCCAACAAUCUUACAAGAAUGUGUGAUAUAUUUCCUAUUUCAUUUUAUAUUUUAUGUAGAUAUAUGUGUAAGACAUUUGUGUAAAUCAUUAUGUUUUUCUGUAUUCAAUAAUAAAGAUUGUUAGUAUGAA